AAGUCGUGAGAAACCAGCUAAGCAUCAGAAUUAAAAUGGAUGAUUAUUGCAGUGAAGUUGUUAUCAAAAUAGAGGAAGAAGAUGAGGAUACGAAAGAGCAAAUUACUGGAGCAUUAGUAGAAGAAACAAAACCGAAUAUUAUUAAAGAAUUAUACAAGAGUAUCGAAGAAUCGUGCAACAAUACCAUUAUCAAAGUCGAAGUGGAUCUAGUGAAUGGACAUUGUUUCGAGUCUGUGAUUGAAGUUGAAAAAAGUGUUCUUAUGGAUGUGCCAACAACAAACUAUAUCAUGGACGAGAUACAGCCGUUUGUCUGCGAUGUAUGCAAAAAAACAUUUUCUACAAAAAAAAAAGUUGCCCGACACAUUACACAUUCACAUAGUGCACACUUAUCAACCCAUAAAAAACGCGUGCACACUGGGGAAAAUCAUUAUAAAUGUAAUUUGUGCGUAUUGUCGUAUUCUCACAAAUCCAGCCUCACAAGACACCAACGCUUGCACACUGGGAUUAAGCCCUACAAAUGCAACGUGUGUUUAAAAUCACUCGCUCAAAAAUCCGAACUCACAGAUCAUAAACGUAUGCACACUAAAGAAAAGCCUUACAAAUGUGACGUGUGCUUAAAGUCAUUCGCUUUUAAAUUCACGCUCACAAAUCAUGAACGCGUGCACACUGGGGAAAAGCCCUAUAAGUGUACGGUGUGCUUAAAGACAUUCGCUGUUAAAUCUAAUCUCACAAGUCAUGAACGCUUGCACACUGGUGAAAAGCCCUACAAGUGUGCGGUGUGUUUAAAGUCAUUUGUUCGAAAAAGCCAUCUUGUUGUUCACAAACGCGUGCAUACUGGUGAAAAGCCCUAUAAGUGUGCGGUGUGUUUAAAGCCAUUUGCUAUUAAAUCUAAUCUCACAAAUCAUAAACGCUUGCACACUGGUGAAAAACCCUACAAGUGUACGGUGUGUAUAAAGUCAUUCACUCAAAAAUCCCACCUCACAAAACAUGAACGCAUGCACACUAGGCAAGCCGUACACAAGUGACGUGUAAUUAAAGUUUUUUUUUAAAAACACACCUAUGAUGACACAAAUGUGUACAAACCCUCUGUUUGAGGUUUCUACUCUAAAUAUUUUUUUCAAAAGUCUGACCUGAUACAGUGCUGGUACAGUAUUGUACUAUAUUUUAUGUUAAGACAUG